AUGAAUCCAGCCAAUAUUGAAUGCCAAGCGAGAAAGAUCUCUUCUGAUCAAAUUGAAAAUGUCACCGCCAUCGAUGCAAUCUCUUUCACGCCGGAAGAGGAGAAAGCAUUACUGAGGAAGGUCGAUCUCACUCUUUUGCCCACCAUCUGGAUCAUGUAUCUCUUGUCGUACCUAGACCGAACCAAGUGA